AUGAAGAGAAUGGAGAAUAAUGAUGAUGCUGUUGUUGACAUUAACAAUGAAAAUAACUGGUUGGGUUUUUCAUUGUCACCUCAAAUGAAUGUUGGUGUUCCUUCACACCCUCAUCAUUCACAAUCUGAAGUAGUUCCAUUUCCUUCAAGCUUUUACCAUAAUGCUCCUCUUGGUAACUAUUGUUUCUCUUAUGGACUUGAACAUGAAAAUGCUGGUUUGUAUUCAUUGCUUCCUAUUAUGCCCCUCAAAUCUGAUGGAUCUCUCUAUGAAAUGGAGUCACAAACACAAGCAAUGGUAACUACUUCAGCACCAAAACUAGAGAAUUUCUUAGGUAGUGAAGCUAUGGGGACCCCUCAUUAUGCAUGUAGUACUAGUACUGUCUCCGAAACAAUGCCUUUGAGCUUAGACAGCAUGUUCCAAAAUCAAGUUCAAAACAUGAACAACCAACAACAACAGUUUUCAUCAUAUUACUCAAAUUUGAGAAACCAUGAGAUGAUGUUAGAAGGGUCAAAGCAAAGUCAAACUUCAAGUGGAAAUUUCCAUGUUUCAAAUAUGGGUGAGGAUCAUGGACUUGGAUGUUUAAAGAGCUGGGUUUUAAGGAAUUUUCCGGCUAGUCAUGGACAUGAUCAGUCCAAGAUGAUUGUUCCGGUCGGUGUGGAGGAAAACGAAGGUGAAUCGGGUUCUAAUAUCGGUUCAAUGGCUUAUGGUGAUUUGCAUUCUUUGAGCUUGUCGAUGAGUCCUAGCUCGCAGUCUAGCUGUGUGACAACUUCACAUGUUGUUAUUGAAAAUUCUGUUGCAAUGGAUACAAAGAAAAGAGGAAGUGAAAAGUUUGAGCAGAAGCAAAUUGUUCAUAGGAAAUCUAUUGAUACUUUUGGUCAAAGAACAUCUCAAUAUAGAGGUGUAACAAGGCAUCGAUGGACCGGGAGAUAUGAAGCUCAUCUAUGGGACAAUAGUUGCAAGAAAGAAGGCCAAAGCCGAAAAGGAAGACAAGGUGGUUAUGAUAUGGAAGAAAAAGCUGCUAGAGCUUAUGAUCAAGCAGCACUCAAGUAUUGGGGACCAUCCACUCACAUAAACUUCCCUUUGGAAGAUUAUCAAAAUCAACUUGAGGAAAUGAAGAAUAUGACAAGACAAGAAUAUGUUGCUCAUUUAAGAAGAAAAAGUAGUGGCUUCUCAAGAGGUGCUUCCAUGUAUAGAGGAGUAACAAGCAGACACCAUCAACAUGGAAGAUGGCAAGCUAGAAUUGGUAGGGUGGCUGGUAACAAAGAUCUAUAUCUUGGGACCUUCAGUACUCAAGAGGAAGCGGCUGAGGCCUACGACAUAGCUGCGAUAAAAUUCAGAGGAGCUAAUGCAGUAACCAACUUUGAUAUAAUAAAAUAUGAUGUUGAAAAAAUCAUGGCAAGUAGCAACCUUCUAAGCAUUGAACUAGCUAGAAGGAACAAAGAGGUAGUAAAUAUUACUACAACUCAAUAUAUUGAUCCUCUCAACAACACUACUCAAGAAGCCAUGCAGAAGAGUAUGGUUCUCUAUCAAUCCUCUCAACAACAACUUCAACAGAAUCAACCAAGAAUUGAGAACGACAGAACUCAUCAAUCAUUUUCCUCGGUGUCUUUGGAUAACAUGUUUCAUCAUGAAGUAGCCGAUGAAGCGAGUAAGAUGAGAACACAUUUGUCAAAUGCUUCUUCGUUGGCCACGAGUUUGAGUAGCUCAAGAGAAGAUAGCCCUGAUAGAUCAAGCGUGAAGAAUCUCUCGAGAAUUCCUUCAACGUCAUCAAAACUAUUGGUUACUACUGCUUCAAAUAGUAAUAUGAAUUCUUGGGACCCUUCUCAACAUCAUCUUAGGCCUGCUCUUUCCUUGCCUCAGAUGCCAGUUUUUGCUGCUUGGUCUGAUGCAUAG